CGCCCCACCGCCCCAAAGACCCCGAGCGAGAAUCUCCCCCACUUCUUGAGAAGGGUCUGGUGGGCACCUACCUGACGAAGAUAUGACACCUGGCGGGGACGCGCCCUGAGCCACGCCAGUUCUGGACCACUACCUCCCUCCGGAGGGAAUCCGAAGCUACUCCGGAUUCACACGAGAAGGGCGGGGGGGGGCGCCCCACGAAGGGAUUGGCUGAGAGACAAGAAAGGCGGAGUGGGGAGGAGAGAGAGAGAGAGAGGGAUCCACAAACAUCAGCGUCCUGGCAAGAGAUCUACCAGAUUCAAGAGCUGUGACGCUUGGGCUCGGAAGCUGUGAAGCCCGCCAGAUCUCUCUCCACCGGGCACAGCGCGUCCAGCCAGACGACUGUCGGGGGAGGGCGUAAUCUCCUCCUCCUCCUCCCGCAACCAGAACCCACUGGAUCCCAAAGCUUCCGGGGAGCUCAAGACCUAGCGCAAGGGAAGCCGGGGAGUUGGCCCUCGUCGGAGACUUGCACCCUACAGGUCGCUCGGCUUUCCGAUGCGCUCGGACUGCUGGCCCUUCGGGCUACAAGACUGGACAGAGGCCGCUCCCGGACUCCAGCGGCGUCCUUUGGGGAUCCCCGCGCGGGGCCAGGGGGUCCUGAAUCGGGCACCCAGCUCAAGGCCGUCCAGGAGCCACACGCGCCCCUCCCCUGACAGCACCUCCCUGGGAUCGGGAAGAGAAGCACGAGAUUCCACUGAUCGCCACCGUCCUUCCUCAGCCGUCCUCGGGAUCCCGGAGAGCGCCCGGAUCCUUCCACGCCCCACUGUCAGCACAGAGGGAGCCUUUUGAGGUCCUUCCCUUGAUUGUCGCUGUGACAGCUCAGAGGGACUGACCGACCAGCACGCGUCUCCUCCUCCUCCUCCUCCAACCUCCCAGCACAGCCUGAGCUUGGGGGGUACCCUGGCUGUUCCGGCGCCCUCCAGUUGUGGGGCAGCCUCGGGGCCCCAGACAGAGGGGUGACUCCGUCCAGAGAUGCCCUGCGCAGUUUGGGGCCUCCUCUUGGUACUCCUUCGAGGAUCGCGGGCUCUGCAGAGGGCAGAGUUCUCUGAAUGUUUUAUGGUGAAUGGGGCCGAUUAUCGGGGCACGCAGAACAGGACCUCACUCGGGAAUUCGGGGCGUUCCUGCCUCUACUGGAACCAGACACGGGAACAUGCCUACAACACAGCCAAGUACCCUAAUGGCGAGUGGGGACUGGGCAGCCACAACUACUGCCGCAAUCCGGACGGGGAUGUGCAGCCCUGGUGCUACAUUUCAGAGAACGAGGAAGGGAUCUACUGGAAGUACUGUGACAUCCCCACCUGCCAUAUGCCCGGCUAUGUUGGCUGCUUCCUGGAUUCUGGGACACCCCCAACUUUGAGUGGAAGCAGUGGCACAUCUACCAAGCUCACCGUGCAGGUUUGCCUCAGCUUCUGCCGCAAGCGGGGUUACAAGUUUGCUGGAGUAGAAGCUGGUUACGCUUGUUUCUGUGGCCAUGAAGCAGAUGUCCAGCGUAGUCAGCCAGUGAGUGCAGUGGAAUGUGACCAAGUCUGCUUUGGCAAGUCCAGUGAGCUAUGUGGAGGGGAUGGCCGGAUUGGAAUAUACAAUGUCUCCAUGGGGGCCUGUCAGGGGAACUUCAGUGAGCUCUCUGGAGUGAUCUACUCUCCACAGUUCCCCGAUGACUACGAGGCCAACAGCAACUGCACUUGGGCUCUGCGACCCCUGGGCUGCGAUUCUGUGGAGCUCACCUUCCGAAUCUUUGAUGUCCAUGACCCCAACGACCGCCUGGAGCUGCGGGAUGGGCACAGCAACCUGUUGCUGGCCCAGUUUGAUGGGCGCUGGCAGCCAGGGACCUCCCUGCUCUUUCCCACUGACUACCUGCUCCUCUCUUUCCAGUCAGACCAGCUCCUGCAAGCCCAGGGUUUUGCCAUCUUGUACAGAGGAGUGAAGGGUUCCUCGGUCAACCUGCGCACCCUGCCAGGUGAUGGAUCUCGACUUGUCCCGACCUCCUCGGAUUGGCUGAACUCCACCUGGACCUACAGUGCCAGUGAUUCUGCCAUUGGAGUAGGAGCUUGGGUGAUGUACACGGCCACAGGGACCUUCAUUCUAGCCAUUGUCAUCAUCUCAUACCAUCUGCGCAAGAGGACCUGCCUUUUUGUGCAAAAGAAGAAUGGCAAUUCUUUGGUCCCCUUUUCAUCCAAAGGGCCACGGAGUCGCUGCCAAUGCCUCGGGGGUGAAGCGUGGGCCGUGGCUUACCGACACACCCGUGUGGUGAUCUGCACCACGCGUGGUGCCCCACACCACCGCCCACUACACAACAGCAGUGGGGUGGGCAGUGAUGACGAGACCUCCUCAGACUGCUUGUGCUUGUGCCAUAGUUAUGAAAAUCUUUCUUCCACCAACCAAUCCUCUCUUAAAUCUCUCAUCUCCACCAUCUGAGGCAACCCGGAUCCCUUCUCAAGUCCAUCAGAUCCAUGAAUCCAGCUCCUUCUUCUGUUGCCAACCUCCUCUAAUGGAACUUCUUCAAGUCAUGAAGGACUAAGAGACUGGGACCUUAUAAACAGAUCCAGUCAGGCUGGGAGGCAGAAGAAUGUGGGAACAUAAAGGAAAUCCAUGCCUUCUGUGGCACUAGUAACAACAUGCUAGAGAAAUUGAAAGAUAUUUCAUAGCAGUCUUGAUGUUUAGCAACGAUUCAUACAUCAAGAGUUCCUGACUGUCUGCCAUGGCAGUUUUCUAAGGCAUAAGAAUGCUAAAGUGGCUGGAGGAGACAUGUUGGCCAUCUCUGAAGCAAGACGUCCAAUCGUGGUGCUGAAAUUUUGCAGAAACACUUCCUGUGGGGGUUGGUGGAAGUACUUACUGCAACAGGAGGCAUGCCCCACAGCACUGUGGGAGAAUUUAGGAUUGUGCAACAGAAGAGGCACGUUCUCUAUAAUGCACAUCAAUAUUUGCAGGAUACAAAGACCUGGGAAUUGUGGGGUUCUGUGGCCAUAACCACAGAAUGGUGUGUGUAUAUGUGGAGAGGGGAUAGACCAUUUUAACAGAGUGGAUAGCCUGGGGAUACUGAAUGAGGGGACACUUGUGUGCUGAAUGCAUCUCACCCAUUGUCACUUUAGGACAUUUGGGUACAAAACAGAGCCUGAGGACGGUGGACACCAGGAGGCCGACUCAUCAGGGAGCUCUAUAAACACACCAAAUAAGAAAGA